AGCCGGGAUGGCCACAAACUGGUCAGUGCGUCCACAGACAACAUCGUGUCCCAGUGGGACGUGCUCUCCGGAGACUGCGACCAGAGGUUCAGAUUCCCUUCACCCAUCCUGAAAGUCCAGUAUCACCCUCGAGACCAAAACAGAGUUUUGGUCUGUCCCAUGAAGUCGGCGCCGGUGAUGCUGACGCUGUCAGACUCCAAACAUGUUGUCCUGCCUGUGGAUGAUGAUUCUGACCUCAAUGUUGUGGCCUCUUUUGACAGGCGAGGGGAAUACAUUUAUACAGGCAAUGCUAAGGGGAAGAUCUUGGUCUUAAAAACAGACACUCAGGAUCUUGUUGCUUCCUUCAGAGUCACAACUGGAACCAGCAACACCACAGCUAUUAAAUCGAUUGAAUUUGCUCGGAAAGGAAGCUGCUUUUUAAUAAACACAGCUGACCGGAUCAUCAGGGUGUACGACGGCCGUGAAAUCCUCACCUGUGGACGAGAUGGGGAACCUGAGCCCAUGCAGAAGCUGCAGGACUUGGUGAACAGGACCCCGUGGAAGAAGUGCUGUUUCUCUGGUGAUGGUGAAUACAUAGUGGCAGGUUCAGCACGACAACACGCCCUGUACAUCUGGGAGAAGAGUAUUGGAAACCUAGUGAAAAUCCUCCACGGGACCAGAGGAGAGCUGCUCUUGGAUGUAGCAUGGCAUCCUGUCCGACCCAUCAUAGCUUCCAUUUCCAGUGGUGUUGUGUCCAUCUGGGCUCAGAAUCAAGUGGAAAACUGGAGUGCCUUUGCACCUGACUUCAAAGAGCUGGAUGAAAAUGUAGAAUAUGAAGAGAGAGAGUCAGAGUUUGACAUUGAAGAUGAAGAUAAGAGUGAGCCAGAACAGACAG